GUUUGUUUGUUUGUUUGUUUUUUUUAAAGAGCGUCAAGCAUGGGUUUAUGAAGGCCUCCUCUAGUAAUUCGGUGAUAUUCUGACAUCUGGUUCUGUGGGAUCCCAAUCUGGGGAAUUCUGAUAAAAUUCCUUAGUCCAGGGCAACGAUCAAGAAGUCACAGUUACCCAGCUUGUUACUUGGGAGUUUGGACAGAGCCACAAGUUUUUGUUGUUAGUUAGUUUGUUUGUUUGUUUGUUUUUCUGACCCUCCUUGGGACCCUAGGGAUGCCCUGGUGAGACUGGGAGCCAAGAAAUUGGAGAGGUCUGGCAUCUGAGCACCCGGGGCAGGGGUUCAAUGCUUAGGCUGCACACCAGAGCAGAGGAACACUAAGGACCUUCCGUGAUACCGGGAGCCAAGCACGGGAUAGGCCUAGCACGGACAUCAGGCGUUCCUGGGGCUGAGAUGGAAAUCUGAGAGGCCUGGCCUAGCAGCUGGGGGAAACCCGGCACUUCUAGUGGGUUCCAAGUGCCUGGCUUGUGCUAGAAGGCAAUUGUGGAAAAGCCACCUAGUUCUUAAGAUUUCUUUGGUCGAACUGGUGAAUCUUUGAAUUGCCCAGCCUGUCAUUGUCCCUGGUGUUGUAUUGGUCUCAUGCUUGUUGUCUCUGUAUCUUGUAUGUAUUUCUGUGUUCCCGCAGAAUCUUCUCCAGUUACAGGAGAAUUUAGGAGUCAGUCCAAGCUCUAGCUGCAGCUGCGCCUACGCCUCUGGGCUGGGACAAUUUGUACAAGUCCUCCUCCAACCCAAGGCACAAAUCUGCUGCUGCUGGCCAAGGCUGCUUUGAUAGCCUGGCUGAAAAUUCCUUGCCUCUGAGCUUUCUGGCCACUGGAUUCAGUUCAGCAGGAUUCAAAUGUCUUUUGGCCAUUUGUAUAAAAAGAACCUUGAUGUGACCAAGAUGCGGCCAGGAAAGCCUCGGCCUCUGCUCAGGGUAGAGGACCACGACUUCACCAUGAGGCCAGCCUUUGGAGGCCCCGCCAUCCCUGUAGGUGUGGACGUGCAGGUGGAGAGUCUGGACAGCAUCUCCGAGGUGGACAUGGACUUCACCAUGACCCUAUACCUGAGGCAUUACUGGAGGGACGAGAGGCUGGCCUUCCCCAGCAGCAGCAACAAGAGCAUGACCUUUGAUGGCCGGCUGGUGAAGAAGAUCUGGGUUCCUGAUGUCUUCUUUGUGCACUCCAAACGCUCCUUCAUCCACGACACCACCACCGACAACAUCAUGCUGCGAGUGUUCCCCGAUGGCCAUGUGCUAUACAGCAUGAGGAUUACGGUCACUGCCAUGUGCAACAUGGACUUCAGCCACUUUCCCCUGGAUUCCCAGACCUGCUCUUUGGAGCUGGAGAGCUAUGCGUACACAGAUGAAGAUCUGAUGCUGUACUGGAAGAACGGGGACGAGUCCCUGAAGACAGACGAGAAGAUCUCCUUGUCCCAGUUUCUGAUCCAGAAGUUUCACACGACUUCCAGACUGGCCUUCUACAGCAGCACUGGCUGGUACAACCGUCUGUACAUCAACUUCACUCUGCGUCGUCACAUCUUCUUCUUCUUGCUCCAAACCUACUUCCCUGCCACCCUCAUGGUCAUGCUGUCCUGGGUGUCCUUCUGGAUCGACCACAGAGCCGUGCCCGCCAGAGUCUCACUGGGCAUCAUGACGGUGCUGACCAUGUCGACCAUCAUCACGGGUGUGAACGCCUCCAUGCCCCGAGUGUCCUACAUCCGGGCCGUGGACAUCUACCUCUGGGUCAGCUUUGUGUUCGUCUUCCUCUCCGUGCUGGAGUACGCAGCUGUCAACUACCUGACCACACUGCAGGAGCAGAAGGAACGGAAGUUCCGGGAGAAGCUUCCAUGCAUGUGUGGAAUGCUUCAUUCAAGGACCAUGAUGCUGGAUGGAAGCUACAGUGAAUCUGAGGCCAACAGCCUGGCUGGCUACCCAAGAAGCCACAUUCUGCCAGAAGAAGAAAGGCCAGAUAACAUCGUGGUUCAUUUGGCCCUCAACAGUGAAUUGACCUCCUCCAGAAAGAAAGGCCUUCUGAAAGGCCAAAUGGGUCUCUACAUCUUCCAGAACACCCAUGCCAUUGACAAAUACUCCAGGUUGAUAUUUCCUGCCUUCUACAUAGUUUUCAACCUAAUUUAUUGGUCAGUGUUUUCCUAGGGAUUCUAAGGCUGUGUCUGUGAAAGGGCAUGGACAUCCACUGGUGGAUACAUGGACCUAAUGACCACACUCCACACCAGGCCAAGCAGCUGCUUCUGGCCUGGAGGAGCCUGGGGACCUCCAGCUGCCCUCACCCCAUCUUCAUGGCUCUUUUCCUAUCUCAUGAUAUUCCAGUUCACACUUUUGACUUCUCUGAACAGACAGCUGUCUUCUGCUGUUUGUGAACUUGUUCACAAGAAUCCCCCCUUUCCCCACCUACUUAAUAAAAGACUCAACUGCC